GAGAUUUCAAUGCUCAUCAUCCGUCGUGGGGAUCUGGAUUUCGCUCCUCCUCGGGUAAGAUCUUGUGUAAAAUCAUCGAUGAUAAUGACUUGUUUCUACUUGGAGGGAAAACGGCUACCUUUGUAAAAACAACGGGCACCUCGACUUCUGUGUUGGAUUUGGUUAUGGUAUCUUCUCAUUUGGCGCCUAUUUGUGAUUCCGAGGUGAUGACGGACACUCUUGGUAGCGAUCAUUUCCCUGUAAUCACUACGGUGGGUACUCAGGUAUUUCUUAAAAGUAAAUUCUGCUAUAAGUUACCUGUUUCUGAUAAAAUAUGCUGCGAUCUUAAGAACGCCCUCUGUGCUGCAGCCAAAAAUCUUCCGGAUUUAACUGACACUGACAAUGACAUAAUCCAUAAUUACAAUCAAUUUACGGAAAGUAUUCUAGAGACAGUCAGGAGCUUUCUUCCAAAGGAAAAACACUUCCCGCGAUCCUCAGUUCAAUCUACUAAAUUAGAGUCUCCCCCUUGGUGGAAUGAAUUGUGCUCAGAGGCGGUUCAACGCAGAAAGGAGGCCAUUAAGGGGUUUCUCUCGACGCCUUCGGAAGGCACAUAUUCGGAAUUUCGUAAAGCCCGCGUCGAUUGCUCUAAGACUCUCUCGGAACAGAAGCGCUUGGGCUGGCGUAAGCUUGUUGGCAGUUUUAAUUUUAGAACUCCCACCAAUAAAAUUUGGGCCCUAAUUAGGAGCUUCAAAAGGAAAUCGUCAUGUUCGGACCUUUCGUCGCCGGAACGCAUGCAGGCUGUCAGUGAGGCCAUCUCCAAAUUGUGUCCUUCUUCCUCGUUCUAUAACAAGUCGCAGACACUUGCUGAUAUGAAGGCGGAGGAUGAACUAAAUCCCAAUGUAUGCACAUGGCUGGAUGAUCCCUUUACGUAUGAGGACCUUCGAAUUGCAAUCGAGUCAUCGCGAGGUAACUCCGCUCCUGGCUUGGAUCAAAUUAGUUAUAGGAUAAUAAAACUGUUACCUCUAGGUUUUGAAAGUUGCUUACUUUCCAUUUUUAAUGAAAUUCUUUCUCAGGGUGUGUUUCCGGAUUCAUGGAAAACUUCGUUAGUUGUACUCAUUCCCAAACCUGGUAGUAGCUCGGUCAGACCUAUCUCUCUUAUGUCAUGUGUCUGCAAGCUUAUGGAGCGGAUUCUUUACAGAAAACUGAGCUG